CGCCCCGCGAGAGCCCGCGCGCCGCGCAGCACGUGGCCGUUGCGAGAGUGCGCGCGCGCGCGCGCGCGCGCCCGAAAAUUCGCUUCGCGCGCGACGCCGUCGACCGCGCCCCCCGCGCGCAGCUCUGGGAGGCGAGCCUCGAAAGUGACGUCCUGGGCGUGCGGUCCCGGCGCAGCCAUGAUCGACUGCGGAAGUGACUUCGUGAUUCGCGCAGGUCCUCGCGGUGAUCUCCUUCGAGUGGUGAGCGCGUCGGCGUCGGGACCCGUUCGCCCCAGCGACGGCCUCUAUUUACGCUUUUCAACACAGGAGAGACACCGCGGUCUACUGCCACGCCGUGGCCACGAGUCCGGCCUACCGCUCGCGCGCGGGCUCGAGCGGCUCGUUGCAGGCGGGCUCGCGGCUCGUCGCGUACUUUUUUCGGCGUCCGCUGCUUCGCGCGCGCAGCACGCUCGCGUCAGCGGGAACGGCGGCGGGCUCACCGCGCUCGGCUUCGGCGUGCUCAAGGCGCGCGCCAAUGGAUUUCUCGUGACGGACGACAACGGCAACCAGCUCUACACGUUCUCGGUGACGAGCGAGAACGCGUCGACCGACAAGUCCCACAAGAAGAACGGCACCUACGCGUCGCCGCAAGCAGCGCGACUCCGGCGUCCGCCUCCAUCGACCGUCCGAGACCGAACCUCGUUCCCGCGCAGGCCGCCGCGGCCUACGACGUCGUCGCGCGGCGCGAUACCCCGCGUGUCGUUUCCUUCUCUCCCCCAGCGCUCAUAAGGAGUUCGCAGUCG